AUGCGUCAAAGAUUAGAUGAGCUGGAAAAUCAAGUGGGUUGGUUAACUUCCUUCGCUACCAAUCUAGAAAAAGAUUACCGUACUUCUGUACCCCGAAUCAACCAUACACACCAACAACAACAACAACAACAACAAGAGCAGCAGGAACAGAAUGUCAUUUUACAACAACAACAUAUAUUACCCCCAAGUGUCGUGGACUGGGCUAUCAGUACAGGCUGGCCUGUCAUUGAAAGUGCUCAAGGUCUCAAGACCAUUUUCACCACCAUUAAGAAUUUCGAAGAUCUGAGUGCAGCAUUAAAGAGUACGGUGCAAUUAAUCUAUAGUGAAAAAGGGAAUCCGUUAUACCUACAAGCUGUGGUGAGCAACCAUGCGAUUACCAAUAACAAUGAAGAAGAGCAUUCGUUUACACUUUUCGAGAGUUUGAACCGAUACACGAGUACGAAAAAUCAUCAUUCAGCGCCCAGUAGUCAUGAAGAGCGGUAUUUGGAAACGGAUGUGAUGACACGAUUAAUCCAUCAACAUCAUAAGUGUGGGUUUCCUACCCUGGUAAGCCCAACACGAUUUGAAAAUCAUUAUCGACAAGGGCAGCUAAAACCAUUGGUAUUAUCAUCCGUGUUCAGUCAUAGUGUACCGCAUGUCUGUAUCUAUCACCCCCAUUUGACACAGAUUCAGGAUUUCCGAGAAUUAGGAAACAAGUUUUAUAAUCAUUCGCAUGAUUUAUUAGGGAUUGAUGAACCGGCCAAUCUAUCGAAUAUUCAUCAGCGUACUUUACUAAUCACCUAUGAUUUGGAUUUGGGAAGAGUACGAAGGGCGUUUUUACAUAUUGGUAUUGCUAUACGCAUGUGUUUCAUGUUGAACCUGCAUCGCAUGGAAGGCUAUUUGCAUUGUAAAUCCGCCUUUGAAAGAGAACAAGCCAAACGAAUCUUUUGGACCGUGACGCAUUUGUUUCAUGAUCAACUGUCGACCAUCAAAUUGAAUGAGAUAUCCGUAGAAUUACCUACCGUUUUACCCGAUUUCACACAAACAGAAAAGGACCAAGCGAUCUUUGCGAUCAAUGUGAUUCAAAUACGAAAGUUAGCGGCAUCGAUUACCGAAGCUUCUGGUAAGAAAAUGGAGGCGGGAGCGAUUGUGAAUAAAUUCCGUAAACGACUUUUACGAUUCUAUCAAGCGUUACCGGACGUUUUACGGUUUGGACAGUGUGGAAUCAAUCGUGAUAAAAGACCAGAUAUUUCUGUAUGGAGUCGACGUAAUUAUUUUUGCAUCCUGUUGGAUUAUUGUUUGUGUUGGAUUAGCUUGUAUCGACCUUUAUUACCUUCCGCCUCUAUUCAGCGAGCACUCACGCCAAAGGAAACGGAAGCGAUUUUGUAUACAUCGCAGGCGUCUGUGGCUAUCAUUCAAUUAUUUCAAAACUGGUUUCAGUCGUCUAUUCAAUCGGAUGAAGGGUUCGAUUGCUUUUUUAGACCUUAUUUGUAUCAUUUUAUGAGUGCGAAACAUGUAUUUAGUGUAAGUUAA